AUGGCUGAUAAAGGUGACAAGCUAGUAUUACCAGAAUGUGUUGUUCCUCAUCUAUAUGAACUACAUUUGACACCGAAUUUUAAUGAUUUUACAUUCAGUGGUUUUGUCGAUAUCUCUAUCAGAGUGCUGCAACCUACCAAAACAAUCAUACUUCAUUCGAUCGAUUUGGUGUUACAGAGUGCUGACAUUGUUUCUGAACAAUCUGCCGUUUCAAUAGAAUACUAUACACCAGAACAGGUAGCCAUAAUCAACUUCAAAGAUGAAUUGCAACCAUCUGAUUCCAACAACAAGGUUCUUUCAAUCAGGUUCACUGGUAUCUUGAAUGACAAGCUAAACGGAUUCUACAGAUCAUCCUACCAAGCUGAUGGAGAACAACGUUACAUUGCAACCACCCAGUUCGCAGCAACAGAUGCACGUCGUUCAUUCCCAUGCUUUGAUGAACCUGCACUCAAAGCUAUCUUCAGAAUCAAUCUGACAGUUCAAUCCAAUCAUAUUGCUCUUUCAAACAUGCAAGAGAAAUCAAUCACUGAACACUCUGAAAAUUCAACUAAAACUUAUUUGUUUGAAGAUACACCAGUGAUGUCUACUUAUUUGGUUGCAUUCUGUGUUGGUGAAUUCGACUAUGUUGAAUCGAAAACUAAACAAGGAAUCAGAGUAAGAGUUUAUCAAGUUCCAGGAAAGAAGAAAGAUGGAGAGACUGGUGAUUUCGCACUUCAGAUUGCAGUUGAUUCACUUUCAUACUUUAUCGAGUAUUUCGACAUUCCUUAUCCACUGACCAAGUGUGAUCAUGUCGGUAUUCCUGAUUUUGCAUUUGGUGCCAUGGAGAACUGGGGAUUGAUCACUUAUCGUGAGUCGACUAUUUUGGCAUUAAAGAACACACCUGUCCGUAGAAAACAACGUAUUGCCAAUGUUUCGCAACAUUCAUGGGAAACAAAGUCACCGACCCAUCUCUUCCCACAAUGGAACGUUUGGAUCGAUUAUAUCAAUAACGAAGCGAUGGAGUUGGAUUGCUUGGCAAACUCUCAUCCCGUUGAAGUUAAAGUUCAUUCUUCCUCAGAGAUCUUUGAGAUAUUCGAUACCAUAUCGUACGAGAAAGGUUCAUUGAUUAUUCGUAUGUUGGAGAAUCGUUUUGGUGAACAAUUCAGACUUGGAUUAUCACAAUAUCUCAAGAAACAUUCCUAUGGCAAUACUACGACUGAGGAUCUAUGGCAAUCUAUUUCAGAGGUCACAGGAAACCAAUGUCAACGAUUACAUGAACAACUUCACCAAGAAAUCUGGCUAUCCGCUAUUGAAAUUCAAAAGAAAUUAUCGCAACGUCAAUUCAGACUCUCUGGUGAAGAGCAACCAGAUGAUCCAAUUUGGAAUUGUUUCGUACAAAUCGAAACAAACAAUGGAUCAUUUAACUUUUUGUUGGAUCAAAAAGUAAAGACAUUCUGUAUUCCUGAAUUCCAAUGGAUGAAACCAAACUUUGGACAAUCUGGAUACUUCAGAAUUGAAUAUGAUAGUGAAAUGAUCAAGUCAUUGAUUCCAUCAAUCAAAUCACUUUCAUUACCAGCAACCGAUCGUCUUGGUAUUCUAUCUGAUACAUUUGAGAUGUGUAGAGCUGGAAUCGCACCAAUUUCAAUGUUUAUGGAUUUGGUAUCUGGUUUUAUCAAUGAAACAGAAUCUGCGAUUUGGGAUUCGAUCGUUUCAAAAUUGGGUCAACUCUAUGAUCUAUCACUUGGCAGUAAUUACUUUGAGAAAUUCAAGACAUUCCUAUUGCAACUCUACAAACCAAUCGCAACAAAAGUUGGAUUCCUACCACCAAAAGAUUCAUCAGAGGAAUCAUCUGGACAAGCUCUCUUACGUGAGAGAAUCCAUAUCACACUUGGUCAACUCGGUGAUCUCCACGUUAUGAUUCAAAGUCGUACCUAUUUCAAUGAGUUUAGAGAUGCUCUGAACAAACUUCAAUCAGAUAUCAAACAUUAUGUAUUACAAACUACAGUACUGCAUGGAAAUGAGGUUGACCAACAAUGUGUCAUUGAAGAAUAUCGCAAAUCCAAUGUUUCCGCUGACAAAAAUUUGUAUCUCCGUUCAUUGUCAAGCACAACUAAACCCGAUUUGAUCAAGAAAGCACUUGACUUCUCAUUGUCAUCCGAUGUCAGAUCUCAAGAUACCUAUAUUGGUUGGGCAGCCAUUCCAACAAGUGCACAACCACUUGUGUGGGAUUACUUUGUAUCGAAUUUCGAUUCAAUCAAAAAGGUAUUUGGUGAAUCAAGACUCAUCAUUCGAUUGAUCAGCAGUUCACUCCCGAAAAGAGCGAAUGCAACACAAAUUCAAUUCUAUCAAAAGUUCUUUUCAGAACAUAUCAUCCCUGUUGCUGAUCGUUCCACCAAGCAAUCUCUCGAAGAUAUGGAAAACAAUGAGAGAUUCUUCAACUCUUUCAACAAUGUAUUGGGUAAUUGGUUAAACUCAAAUGAGAAAUAA